AUGGCCGACAAUUCUUUCAACUCCCUCAUAGAGGUGCUCCACAGCCAUGGCGUGCAAUACGAUCAUGAUGCUCUCAAGUCUGCCUUCGAUGACCCUGAGAGCCAGGCCACAAUUGAGGCCUGGGUACAGGAGUAUCUGUCACCCGAGACCCUAUUGACCAAAGACGAGGCUACGUUAUAUGCUGCACUCGUCAAGUCUGGCGAAGCUGAUGCCUUCGCCGCAUCCCAAGAUCUGUCAGCCAUCCGGGGUCUCAAUGAUCAAGAUAUGCAACAGGCAAUUGAGGAACUCCAAAGAUCCACAGCAGCCAUUGAGAAGCAGAGCGAAACUUUAAGGCUUCAACAGAAUGCUAUGAAGAUGCUUAUCAACAGCAGCGCCCAAGUCGAGCAAGCACGAUCGCAAACGAAUAAAAGUCAGCAGAGGAAGUGGGAUAUGGAACGAGGACAUAUCAUCACUGCGGUUAAAGAACUAUCUCAAAACCUGAAGGAUCAAACAGCGGAUCUCGAACAGCAAAACAAGGCGUCGGAAACAGCGGUAAUGCAGACGGUGGAGAAUCUCCUUAGGUCAGAUGACAAAUUGUUAUCCAGUCUGCAGAAGCUAGCUACCGACCUCGAUUCGAGACAGCCUGAAGAUGAUGGAAUUUCUAACCGAAUAAGAGAGCUUUGUGCAAGACUUAUCAAACAUACUGUCGAAGGGAUCCGAACCAGGCUUGAUCGCAUAUAUCUGGAUGCACUCAAUAAUCCCGCGGGGUUUACCAAUAGUCAGGAUGUCAAUGAUCAGGAAGUUGUUGAUCUACAAGAGGAGCUCGAGUCUCUGUAUGCAGAAAUCCUGCCGGUUGCUCAGAUGUCUGCAGAACAGCAAUUUCUCCAACCAGCGCUUCGUGAGAUUGCGGCCAGGAAUGGUUUAGGGCAAGAGCGAUCAGUCAAAGCGAUCAAAUAUAUACACGAUUGUCUUGAUUUUCUUGUGAAUCGAGUAGAGGUAUUCCUGGAUCGUGCUCAGGAAUACCAAUGCCAUAAAAUGGCACUGCAGUUCGUGAUAGACGAGGCAAAGAAAGAGCUUCUACGUGUAGAAGCCUCGUCAGCCGAUAAGAAAACCAGCUCAGCAACGACAGUGAACCUCCAAAGACGAAAAUCAUCCAGUGCACAACCCCCGGCGAAAGCACGACAUACCCGAAGACGCUCUUCGAUAUAUCCAGAAGAGGAGAUCGAACCGGAGCAGCAACUCCUUCGCAACCUGGGGAUUUCCCUGCCAGCCGAUGCGGUGUCGGAUCAACCGCGCAUCGAGGCACUUGAACGAGCCUUGCUUGAUCGAGCGAGCAAGUUAGAGGGACACGCGAGUACUCUCCAGUCCACGACGGAAUCGUCGAUUUCAUCUCACCUACUCGAUGCUCAUGUCACGCUGCACUUACUUCGGGACUCGCUUCUUGCCGACUCCCCCUAUAACAAUGUACAGCUUCUGGAUUCGGAAAUCCAGUCGUCAAUCACGGGUCUGGAGGAGGAUCUUCAGGAUUUGCAGCAGAAGUUGGAGGCGGUGAAUCUGCAGAAAUUGCAGGAGCGGAAUGUGCAUCGAGAGCAACUGAUCGAGCGUUGGUCGCGUUGA